AUGGCCUUCAAUCAAAUUUCAAUUUCUGAAUUUCCUCGUUUACUUUUGUCAAUCCCUACUCGUUCUUCUGAUUUAUCCCUUCAAAUUUCUGCCUGUUUAUUAUUUGAUAAACAAAUUGUUGCUUUAAAUAAAGAUGAAAAAAGUUUAGAAUUUUUUGAUUUGGAAAGUGGGGGACAGACAAAAUUAAUUGAAAAUGAAGAAAAUUGUUGUCAAUUUACUGAGGGAAUUGUUGAUUUUGUUUAUGAUUCACCAUAUAUUUUGGCAAUUUUAUGUACUAAUUGUAUUGAAAUACGUUUAAUAACUCCUUCAAUUUUUAUUCAAAAAAUUAAUUUAAAUAAAGUUUUUAUGUUAAAUAUUGGAAGAAGGUUUGAAAAAUUUUUUUUUAUUUUUAAAAUAAUUUUUAGAGGUUCAAUUUAUGCAGCAAAUGAUACACAAGCUUGGAAAUUAAAUACACAAAAUAAACUUAGGGAUAAUUUAAAAUUUUUAAAUUUAAAUGGACACCACGAAAUUGCUUUACAAAUUGCUAAUGUUUAUUCUGAUGUUGUAGAUGAAAAAGAAAUUGUUAAUUUAAAAAAGUCAAUUGCAGCUAAAUCUUUUUUGGAGAGAAAAUUUUCUAAAUGUUUUGAUAUACAUGCUGAAUUAAAAACUGAUCUUCUAUUUAUUAUUAAUUUAUUUCCAAAAUUUCUUCCUGAAAAAUAUUCUUGUUCAACCGAAAAAUUUAUUAAUGAAAUUAAAUUGUAUGGAAUUUCAAAUGAAGAAAAUUCUUUGGAUGAAGAAGAAAUUCAUAAAAAAGCAGUUGAUGCCCUUAUUAAAUUCAUUUCAAUGAAAAGACAAGAACAUUCAAAGCCAAUUAAUUUACAUUUUUUGGAUUACAAAGAAGAAAGAAAAGAAAAUAUUCUUUCAACAAAUUCAUUAAAACGACAUGAAGUAGCGUUGGAAUUAAUUGAUACUGUUCUGUUAAAGGCUUAUUUAAUGAUAAAUCCAAAACUUAUCGGUCCAUUAUUGAGACUUAAAAAUUGUUGUUGUAUUAUUUCUGAAGCUGAAAAAGAUUUGAAAAAAGCUGGAUUGUUUGAGGAAUUGCUAAUUUUAUAUGAAAGGAAGAAAAUGUUUAGAAAAUAUCUCGAAUAUUUUCAAAGAGAAGUUAAAAAACCUGAAGCAGCUACACAUGCCCAUGGAAUUGAAAAAAUAGCUACUUUCUUAAUGAAAUUAAAAUCUGAACAACUUUCUUUAAUUUUAGAAUUUUCUCCAAUUGUUUUGGCUGAAGAUAUUGAAUUGGGUGUUAAGAUUUUUACGGGUAUUGAUUCUUCCGUAGAUGCAAAAAAUUUUGAUAGAGAUUCUGUUUUACAAUUUUUGAAGCGACAAUUUCCUGCUGCUGUUAUUCCUUAUUUGGAACAUAUAAUUUACGAAUGGGAAGAUAAAAGGCCAAAAUUUCAUGAAGAACUUGUACUUCAAUAUAUUACUAGAAUUAAAUCUCUUUUAUCUCAAUUUGUUAAAUUACCCGUAAAUAAUCAAUUUAUGCGUUCAUUAUCUUCAAAUGAUGAAAAUAUUGAUAAUAAUGAAUUGGUAAUUUUAAGAAGAAAACUUAGAGCAUUUUUGGAGACUGAUAAAUAUUAUACAGUGAAGGAUACGUUGAAGUUAAUUGAAAAAGAUGAAGUUUUGGCCGAUGAACAGGCAAUCCUUUAUGGUCGGCUAGGUCAACAUAAAGAAGCCCUUUCAAUUUAUACAAAUAAAUUAGUUGAUUUUGCUGCAGCAGAGAGACAUUGUUUAAUUUAUUAUAACGAAAACGAUUUAAAUAAUUCUCAAAUUUUUUACAAUUUAUUUUGUUCUUAUGUUUCUGGUGGAGAUGAAAUUAAUAGAAAAAAAUCGAAAGAAAAUGGAGAAAAACAAAUUGUAUCAGUAGAACAUUCUCCACAGAAAAGGCCAAAUAUAACAGAAGCUUUGAAAUUGUUGAGGAGACACGCAAAUAAAAUAAAUAUUGGUUUGUUUUUGGAAUGUUUUUUAAGGUAG